CUCAUCAAGGGUAAACCCUAAAUCAUUAUCUUCAAUUCAUCAAUUUUGAUCGAUCUUUCUCUCUCUAGCAAUUUCUUUUUGAUUUGAUUUUCUCUCUCUAGAAAAAUUUACAGAAAUACCACCAAAAAUUUACAGAAAUCGUCGGGAAUUUCCGGUUGCCGGGAAAUUUUGACGGUGAUUUUCUCUCUCCUAUUUGCCGGUGAGCGGUGAUCGGAAUUGGGCAAAUGGUAUGGUGGGUGGUAAGCUAGAGAGAGAAGAAGACGCAUUGGUGACCGGUAACCGGGAAACCUCGAGAUUUUCGCCGGAGAUUUGUCGGUUUUCAUGGCGUCGACGAUGUUAGUUAGCCGAAAUGAGACGAGUAAUUUUCUCUCACCAAAUCAUCAUCAUCAACCACCAAGAACAGCGACUAAUUUCAUGGGAAAAAUCCCUUUUCUUAACCCUAACCCUAACCCUAAUUUUACCCCCAACAACAACAAUCAUAACCAAAAUCACAACCACCACUUUUCCAGGAAGCAAUUAAACCAUCAAAAUGGGGAUGAAUUUCUGAAUCCUCCUGUAAAUGACAAUACUGCGUCGUUUAAUCAUCAUCGGAAGUCGUCAAAUGAUACGUCAAUCGCCCCUUACGUCAGCUACGACAUUACGGGGCUUUCGAAGUCGGAGAUUCAAUUGUUAAAGAGUCGAUUGAUGUCGGAGCUCGACAAAGUUCGGUCUCUAUCGAAUCGAAUCGAAACCGGCGAGCUUCGAAACGGUUCGAAUAACAUCAGCAAUCCCUCCAAGAAGCGCCCAUUUCCGGUCCAGCAGGCGGUGAAGGAGACGAAACGAGGGAAACAGCAGCCGCAAUCGGCGUAUGUGGCAAGCUCCCAAGUGAUGAAGAUGUGUGCGCAAGUUCUUUCUAAGCUGAUGAAGCAGAAAGCUGGGUAUAUUUUCAAUGAACCAGUUGAUGUUGUUGGUAUGGGAUUACAUGAUUAUCAUACCAUUGUUAAGCGGCCGAUGGAUCUUGGAACAAUUAAGAAGAAUUUGGGGGUAAAGGGGUUUUAUCGAACGCCUGAUGAAUUUGCUGCUGAUGUUCGAUUGACAUUCAACAAUGCACUUACUUAUAACCCUAAAGGGCAUGAAGUUAAUAUAUUGGCGGAGCGAUUUCUUGAGAAAUUCGAGCAGUAUUAUCGCCCUGUUUAUCACAAGUUUCAGUCUGAGAAGCAGCAGUUUAUGAGGCAGCAGAAGGUAGAAGCUCGGCCCAAGGAGGAUGCUGUGGUGGUUGUUGAUGAAGUACAGGGGAAUUCUUGGAGUAAAAACCCGUCUCCAGAACCGCCAAGGAUCGAGAGUAGUCCUCCGAAAAAGCCCGAGCCAAGGCUGGAACCCCGAGUUGUGGAACUCCCACCACGGGUAGAACCUCCUCCUCCUCCUCCUCCAAGGCCUGAACCGAGGGCGGAACCUCCACCACGGACGGAACCACCUCCACCAAGGCCUGAGCCUGUUUCGGCUCCUGUUAAUCAUGCCCCUGCUCCGGAACCAUCUCAUAUGUCAUUGCAAGAGGUGGUGCGAGCUGGGUCAGUGGGGACAGGGAGAGGAUCAAGUGGGAAGUUGCCGAAGCCGAAAGCUAAGGAUCCCAAUAAGAGGGAAAUGAAUAUGGAAGAGAAGCAUAAAUUGGGAGCUGGGUUGCAGAGUUUGCCAGAGGAGAAGAUGUCUCAAGUGAUUCAGAUAAUUAGGAAGAGAAAUGGGCAUUUGACACAAGAUGGGGAUGAAAUUGAGCUUGACAUUGAGGCUGUUGAUACUGAAACUCUGUGGGAACUCGAUCGAUUUGUUACUAAUUACAAGAAGAUGGUGAGCAAGAUGAGGAGGCAAGCUUUGAUGGAUAUGCAGAACAACAAUGUGGGUCAUCAUCAUGGUGAUCACGAGCAGGUUGGUGUGAGUGAGAGGGUGAUGGAAACGGCGAAGGAUGAAGAUGUGGAUAUUGGGGGGGAUGAUGAUGAAAUUCAGGUUCACAAUUUCCCACCAGUGGAAAUUGACAAAGACAACGAUAAAAACCAUGGCGGUGGUGGUGGUGAUACUAGUAGUAGUAGUUCAAGCAGUUCAGGCAGUGAUUCCUCUUCUUCAAGUGAUUCUGAUUCAGGGAGUUCCUCGGGCAGUGAUUCGGAUGUUGAUGAUGCCCAAUCACGCGACAACGAAUCUAAGAACAUUCCCCAUUGAUGAUCGAUCAGUUUAGGGGCUCAAGUUUGCUGGGAUGAAUGGCAUUUUUGAGGGGUUCUUCCUGUGCUCUCUUGUGUAGUGUGUUCGAGUUCCUUCUUUGGUCAACCGAUCAUCAUUCGAUUUCGAGGAUAUAAUCCUUUUGUUGUCUGUGUUACCGGAAAAGAACAUCAAUGGGAUUGCAAUGUAGCCAGUUUGCUUAGUGUAGACUCAGUGUUAAAGGACUCAAUGUACAGAGGAAGAGAACUUUUUGAGUAGGGUUUUUGUUGGUGGGUCUCUAAUGGGUUGGUUGCAAUUGCCAAAGGAAGGAAGAAGAUCAAGAAAAGAUUUUGAUGGGUUUUGCUUUUUGCACAAGGGAAGAAUCUGAUGAGAAGAAGAGGAAGAAAGAAAAGCUUGACAAUUGUGUUGUAAAGAUGGGUUAGUAGUGAGUUUCACAAACAAGGAAAGAAAAAAAGGGAAGAAAUUUGUAGGGUAGGGCAGGUUUUUUUAGGCUAGUGAAGGAAGGUAGAGGUCCCCAAAACAUGAAAAAAAUUGAUGGAGAUGUAGUUAAAAUGAAGGUAGGAAGGAAGUUGUUCUUUAAUUUUUGUUUGAUUUUGAGAGGAAGAAGGUUUUUUUUAGGAAGAGAAAGUUGGGAUACUUUUGUACACAUGACACUACCUUUUGCUUAAAUACAAGAGAAGAUUUUAUAAAAACUUUAUAGUGACUA